CUAAAAAAUCUCAUCCUCUCUUCUCUCUUGAGAGUUACAAAGGAGUUAAAUAUUAAAUUUUAUAAUAUCAUAUGAUAUUAAUGUUUUUGUGAAGUAUUUUUCUAAAAAUAUUAAAAUAAAUCUUUUACAGAAAUGAAAUAAAUUAGUCAAUUUUAUUGUUGUCAGAAAAUAAUAAUGUUUAGGUUAAUAUAAUCAGAGCACCACAAUACCUGAAAAAUUCGAAAUCACCAUUUUGGUCAAAAACUCGAUGACCUGCUUGCCAUCAAGUCCGUAUAAGAAUUCAUGUUCUAGAACUAGAACUCUAGAAGAUGCAUUUCUGAUUUGAGCUCGUGCCUACUUCAGUUUCUACCAAAAACUACUUUAUUUGGUAAAAUUUCUUUUGUGAAUUCAACUUGGAUCGACGAAAGUGACUAUACCUGAAGCAUGCUUUCUUGCUUUUAGUACUCAGGAAAUAGGUAUACAGUGACAAUUAAUGCUCAAUGCAGUUGCAGUGUCUCGAUCUUUCUUUGAAGUUCUAACAUUAACGUGAAAUUGAAAUUGAAGACGAUUUGGUGGUUGAUCUUAAGAGAGUUGUCUGUCAACUCCACUCAAACACAUCGUCACAUUUGCCUACCAACUGUUUGAUGAAAUGCUUGAGAGAGAUUUGAGGUUUUAAAAAUCGUUAUUCCUACAGUUAUGUUUCAAGCCUCUAAAAUAAACGUGCAUUUACGUCACACAAACACGUUCCUGGACCUAAUGGUUGUCAAUAUCUCGAUAGGUUCAAAAACCAGCUUUAAGAAGUUUAAGCGGUUCAUCGCGCUCUAUUAUCUUUUCCUUUGCAUGUUAGAUUGCUCUAGUUUUUCUUUUUUCCAUCAGGUUCUUUAUCACUUCUUUUCCUAGAAGAAGGGAAUACCUUUUGUAGAUGAGAUAAUUUACAAUAGGUUGACUUCACCCCAACAGGACGUUUAUUCCUAUCUAUCUUACAUGUGGUACUGUAAGUUCUCUUAGUUUGCUUAACAUCUUAAGCCUAUAAUUUAAACGUCUAUAGCUAGCUUGGAAACACGAUAUGAAGGAAUACAAAGUUCUGACUAUUUGUGAAGUUCUCAACAUAUCCUUGCUUUCUCUGGAAGUAGCCAUAAGAUUAAAUGUUGCACCAUAUUUAAUGGUAUUCUGGGAAUACACCAAUAUUUUUCAGAGGGUAACACAAAAUUGUAGAUCCAAUGGAACAAAGAAACUUUGCCCUAUCCUAAAAUGUGUUAUUUAUCGCAAGUGAGCUGGUGGUUUGCAUAUUUGUGGAUCAUUUUCCUUAUCAUUAUGCUUGCCUUUUCGUUGCAAUCAGACCAUGCUUAAGAAUGUGGUUUUUGUAGCUAACUGGAUUGAAGUCAGUUCAUGUUGUUUCAUUUUCUCUCUUCUUAGUUCUCUACUUCUCUUUUCCCUGUUCCAUUGGCAAAAUUAAUCAACAAUUUGAAAAAUCUUUCAGCAUAACUGCAUCUGUUUCUGUUUCUGUUUGUGUAUGCAGGCGGAGAUGGUUGUUAAAAAGAGUAAGCUCAAGCUCAAAAAGCCACAUGAUAGUAACACCUUAGACCCUCCAACAACGAACUACAUUUUUAAAACCUUGAUUUCCUCCCUUGAAUCUCACGAGGGUAUCAAGUCACAACUCUUGAAAAGCACAUAUUAUUUGCUCGUUCAGUUAUCUUCAAAGCAACAACUUUCUGUAGGCAAAGGAGGCGAUCAAAAUGAAUUGUUCAUGAAAACAAAUGAGGGUGAAGUUAGGUUGAGUUUAAGGGAUUUAUGUACACUCUCCAAUACCCUCUUUAAGGAUCUUGAAAAGAGGUUGAAGCAGUUGCAUGAUGUCUCUCUUCAACUGGAAGAAGUAAAUCUACUGAUAAGAUGUUGUGUGGUAACCUUGACAAUGGCAUUUCAUCUACCCCAAAAACAUUAUUUGGAAAGCGGAAGAGCUUUUCUUCUGAUAUUCAAAAAGUUAAGUUUACUUCAAGUAGCAGAUAUGAAGAAUUCACAUUCUUCUUGUCAAUGCAUGUGUAUUGGUGAGAAUUCUUCUGAUUCCUUUGCUGAGGUUGCAUCUUUACACCUCUUUCAUCCCUGCAUUCCUUCUAUCACGACAAUCCUUGAGGUAUUUAUAGACGAGCUUCUGGUGCAUGGGCGUGUGAGAAAGUAUUUGCACUUGAUUCAUUCUUUGUCUCCUGCUAACCAAUGUUUAUUUAAGCAUGGCCCUAAUUCUGCUGACUUUGGAAUACUGAUGGAGAUGAUAUUUGCUCAUUUUUCAUUAUCAAUAUCCAAUGAAGGGUAUCUUGAGGAAUUUCUUAAUAAAAUAACGUGGGCCCAGUCUGAUGAUAGUCACAAAUCAUUGGGACUAAGCAUCACUGCAGCCAGAAUUUUGCUGCAAAAUCCGGUUUUCCUUUCUUCACCAAACUUAUUGCAGGCCCAUAUCGUUUCAUUGGUUUCCAAUGUAAUUAAUCUUGACAUAAUUACGGAAAUGCCCUCACGACUUAUCCAUCACUACCUUCCGUUAUUCGAAAGCUCUGUUACCAUGUAUACACGACACAUGUCCAAAUUGAAAACCGAGAACCAUUCAGCUAACAAUAGUGGCAUUUCGGUCAUUUUACACACGGAAAGCUCUCGGCCUUCUUUCGAAUCGUGUAUCGAGCCUACGAAAAGGGCGAAUCUCGAUGAAACGAUAACUGUAUUGAAUUACUCAUGGAACUUAAAUCUACGAAGACAGUUUUUCAAGAAAAAACUCGACCUCUUAGGUUCCUGUAUGGAGUAUAUUGACGAAACUGCCCCUCACGUACUUGACAUAGCAUGCCGAGAUGAGGUUAUAUCUUUCUUAAAAUGCAUGUUAACGAGAGUUGCUAAUGAUGAUAACGACAUCCAACUUCCUCUCAACGGUGACGCCAGUCUGCAAGAUAUUUGUCUUCUAGCAUCUUUAUUGAUGCUAAUGAGCAAUUCAUUGAUUCAAUCUAUUUGGUGUCUAAAAAACCAACAACAUCCCAUGGAGUAUGAUUUUAUUUUGGGCAUUAUCAAAUGUUUCAAAGAAUUCAGUAUCCGUCUUCCCAUCCAAAAAUUCUCCUACAACAUUAUGGAAAGCUGUAACGAAUCAAGGCUGAUGCUUAUACAUUUUUUGGGAUUGCUAUCGUUGGGCUUUGAUAGCGGGCUUGAUUUUUUAGUCAAGAGUUGCAUUUCAGUGAUAAUGGCUUUGACUAAUUUAUUUGUUUAUGAAGAGGGUAAUAUCGAUGCCUUAAAGAUAUUAGCUGAUCCCAGAUAUUUAUCAUCACAAACAGAAACAUCUCUUACCAUUUAUGAAAAGCCUCUUGUAGUGGCAGCCAAGUUUCAGAAGAUAAGGGCACUGUAUGUGAGCAGCAGUGCUUAUGCCUCAAAUGACUCCACACCAACACAAGGUUUGGAUCCAGAUAGCAUAGAAGAAACUUGCAGUGGGGAGAUGUACCUCAAGACCCGAUUAUUAGGGUCGGGUAAUGUGACUGAUUUUGAUGAUUUAGCUGACUUUGUUGAGUGCAAAAAGGGAAAGGAUUAUGUGGACUGGUUAAAAGAUCGAGAUAAAUUUAGAAAACGGAAAAUAAGCAAAAGAGUGAAACGUAUGUGGGAUAAAAAGAAGCAAGCAUGGAGAUCUAUGAGGGGGAAGGCUUAGAUACAUUUCAUUCAAAAACUCUUGUUUUCAAAGAUGUAUAGAAAAUCAUUGUAGGACAAUUUGUAGUCCUUUCAUUUUGUAAAGUUAUUUUGGGGUGACCAAUUAUUGGUCAUAGAUAACAUUGCUUAUGUGGAUAAAUUGAUUUAUCAAAUUAUUAUAUUAUAUUCUUAAUUA